AUGCUUCACUUCGAUCCGUCAGGACAGGAAUCAAGGAGUCCUCGACGGCCAAGUCCGCCUAACGCGCCACCUCAGCACCAUGUCGCUGAGGCCGUCACUCACGCACACGUGGAUACCCACCACGACCAAGUCAUUCUGGCUACAGCCAUAAUCCUAGUGCAGGAUGCUGUGGGCAACUACGUACCAGGACGUGCCCUACUGGACUCCAAGGGACACAUCGACAUUCGAAGCAUCGGCGAUUCUUUCACCCGCAUCAAGCAUCGCACUUCGACCGUUGUCAAGUCACGAUUCGGUGAUGCAGAGUUACCCGUCGAAUGCUGUAUAACCUCGAGAAUCGCCUAUCAACCUGAUGCAGAAAUCGACAUUUCAUCAUGGAACCUCCCAGACAACGCUCCACUGGCUGAUGAGAGAUUUUAUCAGUCUCGCCAUAUCGACCUACUUCUUGGCACGAAAACGUUCUUCACCGCUUUGUCUAUUGGCCAAAUUAAGUUGGGCCCCCAUCUCCCCAUGUUGCAAAAGACGAUCUUUGGAUGGGUAGUAUCAGGGCGCACUGGCAAUCAAGGCCAUGCCGCCCAAGCCCACAGUUUCCUUUCAUCAGAGGAUUCAAUAAACCUGAACUUGGAGCGCUUAUGGCGCAUAGAGGAAAUUUCUACUACGCCAUUAACACUUACUCCAGCGCAAGCUAAAUGCGAAUCGAUCUUCCAAAAAUCUGUCUGUCAGGUAGCGGAUGGAAGACUGAUGGUUCAACUGCCUUUCAAGGAUGACCCUAAUCUGUUGGGGAGGUCUCUUGAAACAGCACGGCUAAGAUUUGCAUCGUUGGAACGUCGCUUAAGCCGAAACGCGAAUUUGCGAGCCGAAUACACAAAAUUCAUGGAUGAAUAUGAGCGCUUGGGUCACAUGGAAUUAGUAACCAGUCCACUCCUCAACGAACCCCACUACUACAUACCACACCACUGCGUGUUUAAGCUCAACAGCACGUCAACGAAACUAAGGGUAGUCUUUGACGCCUCGUGCCCGACAAGCACCUACAAGUCCCUAAACGACAUCCUUCUAGUUGGACCCACGAUUCAACCAGACUUGUUUACACUCUUACUAAGGUUCCGGACUCAUCGUUAUGUAAUAACUGCUGACGUCGUCAAGAUGUACCGGCAGGUAUUAAUCGACCCAGCGCAUCGUAAAUUUCAGUACAUCCUAUGGAGAAGCCACAUCGACCAGGAGAUUCGCACAUACCAGCUGAACACCGUUACCUACGGCACCGCAUCAGCGCCGUAUCUAGCAAUUCGCAGCCUGUCUCACCUCGCCGAUCAACAUGCAAGUUCACAUCAAAUUGGAGCUGAAGCCAUAAAAUCGUGUUUUUAUGUGGAUGACUUUCUCGGUGGAGCAGAUACGUUAGAUCAAUUGAACCAGAUUCGAACCGAAGUCAUCGCUAUCCUCACGGCCGGCAAGAUGGAACUGGCAAAAUGGCACUCCAACCAUCAGGAUUUCGUCAAUGAUACAACGGUCAAGGAGCUAAAUCUCGACGACUACGCCACGACAAGCACAUUGGGACUGAAGUGGGACCAACGAGAAGACGUCUUCAAAUUCUCAUUCAACUGCAGCACAGCUCCGGCCUCAUCCCUCUUCGAUUCGCUGGGACUUGUCUCGCCAGUUAUUAUGGUGGCAAAAAUCCUUCUACAGGAAAUUUGGCUUCUUCGACUACAGUGGGAUGAAUCAGUCCCAAUGACACUCCAACAAGCGUGGCUAUCGUUUGUGUCGUCGCUACAGCAUUUGGACUCUCUGCUCAUCCCUCGUUUCUGCCUGCAGCCCCAUUCAGAUGAACUACAACUUCACGGCUUCAGCGAUGCUUCAAUAAGGGGGUAUGGAUGUUGCAUUUACGCAAGAACAAGGCUUGCCGAUGGCCACGUGGAAGUUCAUCUAAUCGCCUCAAAGUCGCGUGUGGCACCAACGAAGAAGAAGACGCUGCCGCAGCUCGAGCUCUGUGGAGCGCAUCUUCUAGCACGACUCUACAACCAGAUAAAGGCAGCUUUUCUACAACACACGCCCGAUACUUUUCUGUGGACAGAUUCACAGCUAGUGUUGCAUUGGAUUCGACAACAUUCUGCGACACUUUCUACGUUUGUCGGCAACCGGAUAUCCGACAUCCAAGAAUUCACGCCAGACUGUCAUUGGAGGUUCGUUCCGACACGGCAUAACCCAGCUGACAUGAUCUCCAGAGGAUGCAACCUCGCAGAACUCACCAACUCAACAUGGUUCCACGGACCUACAUUUGUAUCAAAUCUGCCGACAUUAUGGCCACCUAACGUACACGGCAAUCUGGACAUGGCCGUCGUAUCGUCAGAAAAACGCAAAUCAGCAUUCCUUGCAUCAACACCGCCUUCCAGGAAUAAUGUCUUGGAAGCCCUUCACAACAAGGAAUCACACCAGUCUGGCCUAAGACUGGUAGCAUGGAUGCUUCGAUUUUGCGACAGAUGUCGGAAGAAAAAACCCUUUACUACGGGGCCACUUUCCCCUCUGGAACUGCGAAGGGCCAUGCUUUGCGUCGCAUGGAACCUACAACAGCGAUAUUUCAUCGAGGAAAUAACUCUUUUGCAAAGGGGCGCGCCGGUUCGUAGCCAUCUUAAAUUCUUAUCGCCCUUCUUGCAGAUCACAGAUGGAUUCAACCUACUUCUCGUCGGAGGACGAUUGGAACUCGCAUCGAUCCCAGACACUCACAAGCAUCCCAUAUUGCUUCCCGCUAAGGAUGUUGCUGUCGUCAACUACGUACGUCAUCUACACCUGCGGAACUACCAUGCUGGUCCAAAGGUCCUGGUGGGACUAAUGCGGCUGGAGUUUUGGGUCGUGAAUGCCCGAGAUGUCGCUCGUCGUGUUGUACGCAACUGUGUCCACUGUGUGCGCUACAGGCCUAAGCUGCUGCAACAACUUAUGGGCAGCCUCCCAGUCGAGAGACUUACCCUGUCAAGACCAUUUGCUCGGUGUGGGAUAGACUUCUGCGGGCCGGUUCAUACCUAUCUACGCGUUCGAGGAAAGGUGCCCGUUAAAAGCUACAUCGCAAUAUUUGUGUGCUUCGCCACGAAGGCGGCGCACAUCGAAAUCGUCGGAGAACUAUCAACUGAUUCGUUCUUGGGUGCUCUGAAGCGGAUGAUCGCCAGACGUGGGCUGCCUUCAGACAUUUUUUGCGACAAUGCGACGAAUUUUGUAGGCGCGAGCAACAAGUUGCAAGACCUGAAGGACUUUUUCUUCAGCACCAAGAACCAGCAAGACAUUACAUCGUACUGUACAAACGAAUUUGUAACGUUCCAUUUUAUACCUCCUAGGGCUCCACACUUCGGCGGCCUCUGGGAGGCUGCUGUUAAAAGCGCCAAGAAUCUCUUGUGCCGCACGCUCAAGGAUGCACGACUAACCUUCGAGGAGCUCUCAACUGUCGCUGCUGAGACUGAGGCAAUCCUAAAUUCUCGCCCGCUCUCUCCACACUCAUCGGAUCCUAGCGAUUUGGCCGUCUUAACGCCUGGUCAUUUCUUAACCGGGGACUCCCUUCGAGCACUCCCAGACUGGCCUGUCAAGGAUUAUCAGCUCAACUGCUCUCAACGGUGGAAGCGUGUCAGCGCCAUCAAGCAACACAUCUGGAGGCGCUGGUCUACGGAGUAUCUUCACGAGCUUCAGGCCAAAUCAAACUGGACGACUGGAUCUUGGAAUAUUGCAGUCAACGAAAUGGUCCUAAUCCACGAAGACCAUGUCCCUCCUCAUCGAUGGCUGUUAGGUCGCAUCGAAGCAGCUAUACCAGGAAAGGACAACCAUGUCCGAGUCGCUGAUGUCCGGACGUCGAAAGGAAUUAUAAGGCGACCGAUUCACAAAUUGGCCCGUUUACCAAUUAAUUUAAAGUAA